AAGGCCUCCCACUGCCACUGCCGCAGACACAACAGACACGAGGAAGCAGGAGAGGGAGCUCACUGGACUGCGUUGCGAGCUCCUCACUCCUCGAAUCCGUCGCCUCCCACCCUCUCUCCGCCCAACACCCCAUGGCGGCUGCCACCACCACCACCUCCUCCUCCGCCCCAUCCGAAGCCUAGCGCGGCGGGCCACCACCAGCAGCAGCCCCAGCUCCAGAUCUCUCCCGUCCGCGUCCGCGUCGCGGCACGUACAUGGCGGCGGACGCGGCGCGGGGCCCGCGCGGGGAGCGGCGGCGCGGCGGGGGCGCGCGCCCGCGCGCCUGGUGCUGCUCCUUCGCGGGCGCGCCGGACAGCCCCGACCUCCGCCCGCUCCCGCCGUCCGCGGGGCGGAAGCUGCCGCCCAAGUCCCCGUCGGCGCCGUCGUUCCACGGCUCGCCGACCUCGUCCAGGCUAGCGGGCCUCGGCGGGCUCAUCGACCCGCGCCGCAUCCUCUCGCCGGGCCGCGUCUCCCCCAUCGACCCCGACGGCGCGGCCCCGCCGCCCCUCCCGCUCCCGCUCCCGCUCCCCGCUUUGCCGCCCGCGGACGAGGGCGCGGCCGCCGUGGUCCCCGCGGAGCGGCCGCCGGCGGUGCCGUCGGUGUCGGCGGCGGCGCCGCUGGUGGCCAUGCGGGAGGAGGGUCCCGGCGCCGGCGGCGGUGGCGCGCUGGAUCUGAGGCUUUUACUCCGGGGUAGGGACGGGAGGUGCGUGCACAUGGAGCUCGACUCCAGGGUGCUGUGCGGGUGCAGCGCCUUCUUUACCGCCAUGGCGCCGGGCGAGGAUGCUGUGGCGGGUGGUGGCGGGAAGAGGAUCGAGGUGGAUGGGGUGGACAAUUUGGAUGCUUUCAGGGUCGCGGUGGAGCUUAUGUACGAGCCGGAUCCGAUGCGGUGGCUUGCAGCUGCCGGCGUGUCACGCGCCAUCGAUGUGUUGGAGGUAUGUUCCUCAAUUGUGUUCAAUAGAGGAAUCAAAUCGUGUCUGGCAUACAUAGAAGCUGUUCCCUGGAGCGAGAAUGAGGAGGAGAAGCUGAAGAAUCUCUUUUCAAGGUUAACUUUUGAUGAUGAAAUAUCCCAUGAUAUAAUAGCAAGAUUGCGGCCCCACAGCUGGAAAAGCUCAGAUGACCUCACGGUGCAGCUUAUCCAAUCUGUCACUAGCAGCACCAACAAUGGGGCGAGAAAAGACAUGCAAUCUUUGGUAAAUGGCCUUCUAAGCAAAAGUUCAGUGUAUCAAAAGGACUCAUCAGGGCUAAACAAGGAGAGCCUGUACCAGAUCUGUUAUUCAUGUUUGGAGUCACUGGUCAAUCUCUUCGAAGAGGUCAUAGAAUCAACAUAUCACACAGGUCAGGCUGUGGUACUUAGAGGGAGUAGACCACUGAUUGAGCGAGUCUCUAGCCAAACAGAAAACCUCAACUGGCUCUUAGACAUUCUUGUAAACAAUGACAUGGCAGAAGAAUUCGUAGAACUGUGGGCAAAGCAUGACCGGCUCAUCAGGAUGCAUGAGCAAGCAUCACCGAUGAUCAGGUAUGAGCUAAGCAGAAUAUCAGCCUGCGUGUUCAUUGUGCUUGGCAAAGGAAAAGUGCAGUGCCGUGGCGACAUACGAAGCCUUCUCUUUCAGGGAUGGUUCAGCACAAUGCUGUUGGAUUUUGGCUGGCUUCAGCGUUGUUCCAAAGGUCUAGAUAUCAGAUCACUGGAAGAGAAUUUAGGGCGAGGCCUUCUAACCCUCCCUCUCAGGCAGCAACAGAGUUUGUUCGAGGAAUGGUUCCAGUUCUAUGCAACCAAAGGAGCUGAGUGUCCGAACCUUAUUAGAGCUUUCCAGGUAUGGUGGAGAAGGUCUUUCAUUAGAUCAUCAGUAGAAUCUCGAAGCUAAGGUUUUACUUGUUCUACUAGUAUGUGCUGUAUGUAUGAUUUGUAAGAUUGGAACUGUUGUAAUGACCCGUAGAGUUGAAUGUUGUUUUCUGUAGUUUAGCUCUUCCCAUUGUAUGUGAAUAGCUGGGUGAAUUUGUUUGAGAAUGGAUAGCAGCUUUGAUAUGUGGUUUAGCAGCAGGUGGUAUGAUUUUCUAAAAUAUUACUCCCUCUGGACUUAUUGUUGUA